UGGUCAACUACGGAAGAAAGCUAGAGCAACUUCUCAUUUUUCUAUUGGCCUGCAGCGUGAUUUUAUUGUCGCUUUCGAAUGUGGCAAGAGAGAGACUUUCUUCAAACUCUGGAACGGGAAUGUGCCGCAGGAAACGCUGGAACGAGACCAGACCUGUCAGAAUCUAGAGUUCAAUCUCAGUGUCUACUUUGCCAUCUACCCAAUUAGGACAGGGGUGAACCCUUCUCACCGUCUCUCCCUUUCUCAUUCUUUCUUUUCAUCUCUCGCCCUCACGGUUCCAUAUUAUCUCGCUCUGAAAUUUACUCUAUCUUGCCAACUUUAGUGUUUUCAUCAUGCUCCAAACUUUCAUAUUCUCCCUCCAUUUUGCAUCGAAACCUCUUCUUUCCACCUGUCUCACACCAACAUUUUGUAUCUUUCCCUCCCUCUCUCCCCUCUCUCUCCUCAAGACGGGAGACAGAACGCGCUCCCUCCAUCAGUUCACUGGCUACCUCUCCACACGUAGCACAGUUCUCUCUAAGAAUCCCGAGCUGUCUGCAUACUGUGCUCUUCCCUACGUCCCUGAUCCCACAUCUCACCCUUCUUUCAAGAAACUCUUCACCGAGUCGUGGAGUUCAGAUCUGAAAUCUCGUCUCGUGCAUUUCCUGAAGCUUUUUCUGAAAGGAGGCUCCCAGCAGCCGGUGCUCCUCUCCCUCUACCUCACCAACAAAGUGUCCCCCACAUCAGAAGGCAGUGCACAAGAGGUUGUGCUGUUGAGAGAGCAGUUGGCAGAGAGCCGGAGACACUAUUCUGAACGGCUCGCCGAAAUACAGGACAGCUAUCACACUUUGGUCGGGAUAGCGCUGGAGCUGCUCGAUGCGCUAGAGGCUGCAAUAGCAGGACGACAGGUCACUCCAGAGAGCAUUCAGAACAUCUGUAGUCGGCUGUUCGGAAGUUCUCUGCCAGAUGCUGCAGCCUCUGGCGACAUCAGGCCUGGAACUGCCACCUCCAUCCUGCGACAGUCUGUCAUUUCCAUGAGAGACAAUAUACAGGCUCCAGUCAGUCUCCACACCUCGACCCCCAUCCCCUCCCCACUCCCCCCUCCCUCCCCGCCCUCCCCGGACUCACCAGACAACACCCUGACUCCGCCCAUCCUCACCGAGCAGACCUUGUCAAAAGCCACACCCCCUCCUCAUCUACAGCUCAAUUUCCACCGACUAAAAAGCACACUGCAGUCCAGCAAUGAUAGAAAGAAGGCUCUACUGCUGCAGGCUUUGAGAUGGAGGUUAACUCAAGCUCCGUCAGCCGAAGAGUCUCAUGCAGUGCUACAUGACUAUGUGGACAACGACUUUCUGGGCUGCUCAAAUGAAAACGACGCCUACCACAGUAAAGUGACGUCUUUCCUCCAAUCGUCGUCGCUGGUUCUCUGCGAGCAGUUUUGUCGUCUGUUGAACUCAGUGUCCUCGCUAUCCCAGGGUCGUAGCUACCUGGCCCAGAGCCAGGCGAUGGUGGCCGCUCUCUGCCAGCUUCUGACUGGAGUGAGCUGGGGAGGAGGAGAGGGGAGAGAGGGAGAGAUGGGGGGAGGGGUGGAGGGGAACAUUGGACGAAAUGCACUUGGAGCUGUUCAAAAACUGAGCCUAAAACGUCAUCUCCAGGGACUAAUGGUGGGGUGUGGCCUCCCUCAGUGGGUUGCCAUGGUAAUUGGCGGGGAGGGAGAGUCUCACCAGCCGAGCGACUACGUCCUGCGCUACGUCCUCGCUCUCCUCAUGAACCUCUCGCUGCGGAGCUCCGGGAGGGGGGCGUGUCUGGAGGCGGGGCCUCUUCUCCUACGGUCCCUCGGAGAGCUGCUCGAACACGAGGACGAAGAGAUCUGUUCGUAUGUGAAUGGGAUUCUGUACAGUCUUCUGUCACUCCCCCAACUGCAACAAGAGGCCAGAGCUAUGGGUAUGGGGGACAUGCUAACGUCAGCUCUCGAAGCAAGUCCUCCCGAACUGAAGAGCCAACUCCAUUACAUCAUUUCCAAACUCAACUCGGACACGCCCACUUCUACCACCACCACCAACGAGGACGAAGCUCCACCCACCGAUGACUUGGGGGACGAAGAUGAAGGAGGAGGAGAAGAAGAGGAAGAAGAAGAUGGUGAUGUCAUAGAGGGAGACGAGGAUGAGGUUGCCAUAGCAACCAGUGGACCCACGGGGGAGUCCCUACUCGCUCAAUAUGAGAUUUGUGACACGUCGACCCCGGAGGACCCGGAGGACCCGGAGGACCCGGAACCCACAGUCAAACCCUACACAAUGACAUCAUCGAAACAGGCUCUGUUCAAGAGGCCAGUGACCCCAAAUAGACACAUCAGUAAGACUUCAUCAGCAGUGAAUGCGGCAGUAUCAGACUACAGGGCAGGUGGAGCGUACAGCUCCAGGCAACUCUCUGCAAGAUAUAAAUGAACAUAAACGCUCACUUUUCGGUUACCCGAUCACUUGUAUUGCAUUUAACACUAGCGUAAGACUACCAUUCAAUUGUGUAACUGGAGAAUUUGGACUGCCAUAUAUAAGUUAUUUUGAGGUCCCGCUUGGGAUUGUAAAAUUAAGAAAUCUGCCCUGUUUGAGACAAAAUUUUGGGCAAAAAGCUUUAGUUUUUCGUGUCAUGAAUGUAUUAGGUGUGUAG